CUAUCCUAACCCAAGUAGUAUGAAGUCAUAUGUUCAGAAUCUACAUUUCUCACCUUUAACUUCUCCCCUUAAACUCUCCCAUCUUACUUUUUACCUCACGCCCAGCCACGCGGUCGCCGUUACCGAUAGCUGCGCUGCCUAAGCAUAUCGAAAACGUUGUCUGUCCGAAUUGUAUACCAGGAAUAACGAUCGCAACAGGUGGGAUAAUAAGGACGAGCACGAUAAGACCAACAGCAACGAGAAUGUUCCAUCGCUCGACUCCCUCUUCCUUAUAGCUAGCCACCUUGUUCUCUAGUAAAACUGUCGCAUCUAGAGCACGUAUUUGCCCCGUUGAUCCAUCAUGCAGCAUAGCAAUACCAAUGGUAUCCUGGCGGUGCCUUUCCGUAAAGGAACCCAGUUGUCGCUGUCCUCGGCCAUCAAACAGUACAUAUCCACCAAAUAUGACCAGCACCCGGAUAUGUUUCGUCAAGACCUCGACGUCAUCGAUGCCUUGAGGCGCGAUGCCAUCCACGUGCGCGAGCCUCACCCCAGUGGCAUCAAGAAGCUGCAGGCAUACGCGGCUCAACUAGUCUGGGUCGCAGGGAAAUUCCCCAUAGAUAUAGGCGCUGACUUUACUUGGUAUCCCGCUCUGGGAUACAACAUCGACCGACCCGUCGUCCAUAAUAACCUCCAAUUCGAGCGAGCCAACAUUGUGUACAAUCUAGCUGCUCUCUAUUCGCAGUUGGCCAUCAACAGCAACCGUAGUGACACAGAAGGCCUCAAAACCGCUGCUAGCUACUUCAACCAGGCUGCCGGAGUUCUUACCCACCUAAAGAACGAAAUAAUACCAGAAUUGAGGACCGCGCCCCCGGAUGAUAUGGAUGAGCACUCCCUCGAGUCGCUCUUGCAGCUGCAGCUAGCCCAAUCACAAGAAUGCUUCUGGCACAAAGCCGUUAUGGACCGCUACAAGGAUGCAUCUAUUGCGAAGCUGGCUGCCAAAGUCUCCGAUCUUUAUAACCUCGCAGGCGAGGCUGCUAUGCGCUCGGAGGCUAUCAGUAGCAGCUGGAUUCACCAUAUGAGCGCGAAACACCACCACUUUGCUGCAGCUGCUCAGUAUCGAGCUGCUUGUGAGUCCUUGGAAAAACGAAAAUAUGGUGAAGAGGUCGCGAGGCUGCGAGACGCCGUCGCGUGCGUCGGAGAAGGUCUGAAGGAAGGGAAAGGCGGUUAUCUCAAUAAAAUCGUUAUUGAAGACUUGAAUAGUCUCAAGAAACGAGUGGAAGAUCACCUCAGCAGAGCAGAGCGCGAUAACGAUGUGAUUUACCUAAAUCCUAUACCUCCAAAAUCUGAAUUGAAAAUUCUCGACAGAGCGACUAUGGCAGUCGCCCGGAUUCCUCCACAAGUUGCGAACCCGCUUGAAUACUUAGGUGACAAGGGUGAAUUUGGCCCAGGGCUUUUCACUAAAUUAGUCCCUUAUUCUGUACAUCUCGCUGUGUCCAUUUAUGAGGAACGAAGAGACCGCAUGGUGAACCAGAAUAUUAUAGGCGAGCUCGAAAUCCUAAAUGAGCGAGUUCAUGAAAUUCUCUCGUCACUAAAUCUCCCCAGCUCUAUACAGGCAUUUGAAAAGCCCCUCGGCCUUCCAGGAACCCUAGUCCAACAUGCGGAGGAAAUACGGCAAGCCGAUGCGAGAAAUCGGUUGCUGAGAAGCUUCGCAGACAUCGACAAGCUGCGGGCUACUGAUAUGGCUAUGUUUGAGGAAGGUAGUGAACUGCUUCGAGUAGAGGAAGGAGAGGAUAAUCAACUGCGAAUGAAGUUUGGUACCGACCGAUGGACUCGCCCAGAAAGUCGUAACGAGCCGAGCCAAGGCGCUAAGCUCUGGACUCAAGCUGCCGAAGCCGAGGGUUGGUUUGCGAAUAGUGCAAGUAGUGAUGGGGUCGUGCGGGAGAAGUUCUACAGUGUCGAGCCGACGUUAUCUAUUCUAGCGGGCCCUGACCGCGGUAUCAUGGAUUUCGUGCCCUCUUCGCGGCGCACUGACAUUCCGGAAGCACUCAAACCAGCUAUUGGGCGAUUACGCAGUGUUUGUAAUGAUGUUGCACGGUUAGAAAACCGCCGUCACCGAAAAGCUGACGCCCUUCGCGAAAAAGCUCGUGGCGACGAUAUCAAAAUUGAUAUACUAGCUGAAGCUGCAAGGCUAGAGCGCAACCAAGCCGUAGCCACCGCUAUUGUACCUGCACACUUCGAAGACUUCUUCGAGAAACGACUUGACUCACUAUACGAACCCGAUCUCGAAAUGGUGCAAAAGGAAGCAGCUGAGCAAGAAAAGCUGCUGUCAGACCUUGUUCGAGCAAACCGUGAAUUCGAAAGUCAGAAGAAAAUAGUGGGCGAUAAGGGCAACCGAGAACGAGAGCAAGCUCUCCAGAAACUAGAAAACGCCUAUUACAAAUACAAGGAACUUACUAGUAACGUCGAAGUUGGUCGAAAGUUCUACAACGACCUGAGCCGCAUUGUUGGAAACUUCCGAGACAGUGUUAGGAGUUUUGUCACAGAACGAAGACGUGAAGCACGUAUGCUAGAAGAUGAGCUCAACAUGCCGCCACUUAGUAAUCUAUCUCUUGCUCAACGGGAACAAGCCCAACCACCUACCUCUAUGGGUGGUUGGAACGGUGCGUCUAAUUAUCAGAAUCCACCGCAAGCACAGCCCCAGGCGGAUGCCUCGUACCAGUCGGCCGCACCUCUUCCGCGACAACAAGUUCACAGCCCGGCUGAGGCUCAUAUCCAGUCUUGGGCCCCAGUCGGUGAGACAGUUGCUCCGCAGCCACAACAACCACGUACGAACCCUGUCCAGCACAUCUGGAACCAGGAAAUGCCGCUCAAAUUCUCUAAACCAAGCGGAUCUUCUUCUUCCUCCGGGGAACUCGCUCCACCACAGACUAACAAAUCACCGAGCGGUACUUGGGAUCCGAACAGCGGGAUCCGAUUCGGGUAGGAACCGAAUACGUCUCGCCGCCGCCGCAUAUAACUUGGAGAUUUAUGGUUUAUGGAUGACGUGAGAGAAAAUGAAAAGAAAAGAAACAAGAUUAAUGGAACGCGAGGGGAGGAAGAUGGGGAAUGCAUGAAUGUUUUUGGAAGCGAGCAUUACAUUGAAGAAGGUAUGUCUUUAAGGAGGAAAUCAAGCAUUUAGAUAGCCGUGUCAUAGCCUGGGUGUAGUAUGUUGUACAUACCGUGAGAUAGUUGUAUGGUAUUGCCCACUGGGCUUGAUGUUCGA